AUGCAGCCUACCCAGUACCCUCCCAAGGACGACACGCCCCAGCUCGUCGUGGCACAGCAACCCACCGCCAAGAACACCAUGAACGCUACCGCGACGCCACACGGCGAGUCGCCACAGACCGAGAACGUCCUCCGUCUCCGUGGCGGGUGCCCCGGCAAGCUCUGCGGCCUUCCCAUCCUCCCAUGCCAUUGCAACAUUUGCAUCAUCCCCAUCCCGUGCUGCUGCUAA